AUGGCGGCAGGGCUUACAAUGGUGCUCCUUUUCCUCUUCUUCAUCACGCAAGCCCGGGCGCCACACAAUCCAUCAUCGAAGGUGGUCGGGGUUGUUCAUGGGGUGGCGUAUCUCAGUCCCAGACUGCAAAACCAGACCUACCACCAAAUCCACUGGCGACGCAACAACUCUGUGAAGAUCGCCAGCCGGGACAGCAGUGCGAAGGUCCAGUACCCCAACAGCACCUACAAGGGACGCCUGGAACUCUUCCCCAACAACACCCUAAAAAUCAGCUCCCUGCAGAAAACUGACAGCAGCAUGUACCAGGUGUACCUGGAGGAUGAGCUGGGCAAGGAGCACAUUGAAAACAUCCUCCUGGCAGUGUACGAUCUGGUCCCGAAGCCCACUGUGAAUGCCAAAGUGAUCAGGGAUGACCCGACAUGGUGCAAAGCCACCCUGCAGUGCUCGGUGGGGCUCGAAGGGGUGACCUAUGAGUGGAUCGCCCCCAGCAAGCUCCCGCUGGAGGGCGCGGGUGCCUCUGAGCAGCAUGUCUCCUUCAACCCCUUAAUAGAAACCUACAUCUGCAAAGUCAGCAACCCUGUCUCCUCCAACAAUGCCUCGUUGACCUUCAGGUACCCCUGCUCCUGGACAGGUGAGUUCUCCGCUGCUGCAUCCUGCACCACCACCAGCAUGCUGGUGGCCCUGGGGCACCUCGUCCUCCUCCUCACUCUGGCUUAA